GAAACAAGUUGGGUAGCCUAAAGUCGUCUUCGUCUUCUUCGCCUUUAAUUUGAAGAUUGUUCACCGACAAAAUGAGAGCUUUAGUAAGACCCAAAACACAUUCUAAACUUUCACUUUUCCUUCAACUACAAUACUCUAAUACCAUGUCUUCCUCUCCUAAAUUAUUCCAAGACCCAUAUUUCUGUUCCUCAAAAUUGAAUUCCAGAUCCUUUCCAUUUCUUCUUUCACAACUUUCUUUGGCUCUUAUACUCCUUAUUCUGCUCAAUUCUGCUCCUGCUAACUCCGCUGUUCAUGAUGAAUGGUUCUUCAACUGCAAUUCCUCCAAAUGCAUUCUCAACGAAUUGCCUUUCUGGAGAUUUAACGGAACAGAAACUUGUAAUCGUGUUGGUUAUGACGAGACGAUGGCGCUUAGAUGUGAUGGAGUUCUUGCAAUCAUAGAAAUUAAGGGAGUAGAGUACCAAAUCCUGGGUCAUAGUCGAUUUGACCGAUUUUUUAUACUAGCUGAAAUUGGUUUUUCAGAUCGAUUUUGUUCACCAGAUAAAAAUAUUUCGUCAAGUUCCAUGUUUUUGACAAUUUCUUUAUAUUCUAACUGCGGUUCUUCCCAACCUCUACCACCAUACACCCCUACUUGUUCUGAAGCUGAAUAUAGCUACAUCCCAGAUGAGAAUAACGUACUCCUGCCUAAUGAUAUGUGUUGGAUAAGUGUAGUAGCGCCAAUUCCACAAUGGUUGCUAAAACAAGUUGGUGAUGAUUUUCAAAAGGUAGCGCAACAUAUUACAGCUCAUUUUAAGUCAGGGCGGACUGUAAAUGCUCAAGUAUGCAACAAUUGCAAAGAUUCUGGUGGUGGUGGUGUUUAUGUUUAUGACUUGGAAUUGAAUCAAUCAAGAUGCUGCUGUCAAUCUUCCUUUGAUAGGACUGAAUUCUAUUCUUCCUCACUACUUGCAGGAACACCACGACCUUCUCCAUCCAGAUCGGGAUUGUCAAAUACGUCAACAGAAGCACCUUCUCCAGGCAAGGAUGAAAAUAUAGCUACGGAUGCAAAUAUCAAAAAGUCAAAGAAUCAAUCGAAAAGAACACUCUCUAUAGCUUUAAGUGUCACAGGAAGCAUCGUUUUGGUCAUCCUUAUCAUCAUCCUUUUCAUCUACUACACCAGAAAAAUGACACUUACCAACUCAAACAAACAAGACCUUAUUGAAGAAACCAUCAAAAGAUAUUCCACACGAAUACCAAAGCGAUAUACUUACUCAACUCUGAAGAAAAUCACAGAUUCUUUCAAGAACAAGCUUGGCCAAGGAGGGUUCGCCACAGUUUACAAAGGAAAGUUACAAGAUGGACGCGACGUGGCCGUAAAACUUCUGAAUGAAUCCGAAGAUAAUUGCCAAGAUUUCAUCAAUGAAGUCAUAAGCAUCACUACAACUUCCCAUGUAAACAUAGUCACUUUCUUGGGGUUCUGUUAUGAGCGGAACAAAAGAGCUUUGAUUUAUGAGUACAUGCCUAAAGGGUCAUUAGACAAAUACAUAUGUCACAAAGGGCUACAAAAAGGUAGAAUUGAAUUGAAUUGGAUGACUCUGUAUAACAUCAUUGUGGGCGUGGCUCGAGGAUUAGAAUACUUGCAUCGUGGCUGCAAUACAAGGAUUCUACAUUUUGAUAUCAAGCCACACAACAUUCUUUUGGACGAUGAGUUUUGCCCCAAGAUCUCCGACUUUGGGCUUUCGAAGCAGUGGAAGGCAAAAGAGAGUCAUGUGUCGAUGUCAGGUGUAAAGGGGACAAUAGGAUUCAUGGCUCCGGAAGUAGUACAAAGAAGAUAUGGCAAAGUUUCACACAAGUCUGAUGUUUAUAGCUAUGGAAUGUUGAUUCUUGAGGUGGUUGGUGAAAGGCAAAGCCCUAAUAAAGGAGUGGGAGACCAUAGUGAAGAGUAUUUUCCUGAUUGGAUAUAAAAGAAUCUUGCAGAAUGUGAAAUGUAUAGAAAUUGUAGGCAGUGGGGAGAAACAGAGGAAGAAGAAGAAAUAGCUAGAAAAUUGGUGGUUGUGGGUUUGAAUUGCAUUCGAACAUUGCCGGACGACCGACCGUCCAUGACUGAGGUAGUCGCCAUGUUGGAAGGGAAUGUUGAUGGAUUACCCAUUCCCUCGAAACGGACCCUCUUCUUACAUCCUCCAACUGUUUCUUCUUCUACCUCAUAUUUAGAACACUAGUUGAUCACAAAGGAGAAAUUUUUUAUCUUCCUCAAAGAGGGACAAUCUGAGUAUGCUCUCUAAAUGUAUGGAAAAAAUUAUAGUCCCAACUGCCCUUGCAAACAUAAAUAUUAUCGUACAACCACCAUUAUUAAUGGUCUUAUAACAGAUGGAAAAGCGAUGGGUAUAGCCAAUUCCCAUUUCAACAAAAAUUAUACGAAAUCGCCAAAACCUUUCUUCCA